CAGACCGGACCCGGAAUCGCCAUGGCUGCAGCUGCACAACCUAUCUUCUGGCUGGGUAAGGAAACCCUGAGGGUGUCUGCUGCCCUUUUUGCAGAGAACCGACGAGGACUGUGCAGAGGGCUGAGAGCCAAAGAGGGACUGGUGCCAAAGUCAGUGGUGGUGCUGCAGGGUGGAGAGCAGACCCAGAGGUACUGCACCGACACAGACGUCCUUUUCAGACAGGAGUCCUUCUUCCACUGGGCCUUUGGAGUAACUGAGGCUGACUGUUACGGAGCCAUCGAUGUGGACUCGGGGAAAUCCAUCCUCUUCGUUCCCAAACUGCCUGACAGCUAUGCCACCUGGAUGGGAGAGAUCUAUACUAAAGAGCACUUCAAGGAGAAGUACGCUGUUGAUGAGGUCCAAUACACCCCUGAUAUUGCUGAUGUCCUGUCCAAGCUGACACCAGCAGUGCUCCUAACACUGCGAGGAAAGAAUACAGAUAGUGGGAGCACCUGCCGUGAAGCCUCCUUUGAUGGAAUUAGUGGGUUCGAAGUGAACAACACUCUCUUACACCCAAUCAUUGUGGAAUGCCGUCUCAUUAAGAACGAUAUGGAGCUGGAGGUCCUGCGCUACACCAACAGGAUUUCCAGUGAAGCCCACAAAAUGAUCAUGAAGAAUGUGAAACCUGGACAGAAAGAAUAUGAAAUGGAGAGCCUGUUCCAGCACUACUGCUACACCAAAGGAGGGAUGCGUCACACCUCCUACACCUGUAUCUGUGGAACGGGCAAUAAUUCCUCCGUUCUCCACUAUGGCCAUGCUGGGGCUCCCAAUGACAAGUUAAUCAUGGAUGGAGACAUGUGUUUGUUUGACAUGGGUGGAGAGUACUACUGCUACUCAUCAGACAUCACUUGCUCCUUCCCAGCCAACGGCAAGUUCACUCCAGACCAGAGGGCUAUCUACGAGGCCGUCCUCAAGGCCUCCAAAACCGUCAUGGCUGCCAUCAAACCAGGUGUAAAGUGGACUGACAUGCACCGUCUGGCUGACCGGGUUCACUUGGAGGAGCUGGUGAAGAUUGGCAUCCUGAAUGGCAGUGUGGAGGACAUGAUGAAGGUCUUCCUCGGCUCCGUCUUCAUGCCCCACGGACUGGGACACCUGCUGGGCAUUGAUGUGCACGACGUUGGAGGCUACCCUGUGGGGGUUGAGCGCAUCGAUGAGCCUGGACUGAGGAGUCUUCGAAUGGGCCGUCUGGUGCAGGAGAGGAUGGUCCUCACCGUGGAGCCCGGCAUAUACUUCAUCAACCACCUGCUGGACCAGGCCCUGGCCAACGCCACCCAGAGCUGCUUCAUCAACAACGAAGUGCUGGCUCGCUUCAGAGGCUUUGGAGGGGUUCGCAUUGAGGAUGACAUAGCAGUGACAGCAACUGGUAUGGAGCUGCUGACCUGCGUCCCUCGCACUGUGGAGGAGAUCGAGGCUUUCAUGGCCGACCCUGAAAAAAGCUUCAGCCCUGUUGUCUGAAGUGAAUGGCUCUGAAUGACAUCUCUCAUAACAUCUGAGCUGAACAAGGAAACAAGUUAUUACUCUCAUAUCUGACUUGCAUAACAAACACAAUCAAGCUUAUAAUUAAAGGUGCUAUAUGUAAGUAUUUUGGUUAAAACAGUAGAAAAUGAAGUGCAAUUAUCAACAGAAUUUGAAGAAAUGUUUGAUAUUAUGUGGAAAGACCUUUUGUGUAUAAUGUUGUCACAAAAUAUUCCCACCUAGCCCCAGCCCAUUCUAUUUGACAUAAUCAAUACACAUCAAGAGGUGAUAGCAAAGCCAGACAUGUUAUAAGAACGUAUAAAAAUAAGUAAUGAAACCUGGAUAGAAGUGAAAGGGUUAGGGUUAGGGUUAGGGUUAGGGUUAGCAUUAAAUAUAUGAGAAACAUAUCAAGCCAAUUGUGUUGUUACACUUACACAAGCAAAACCUUGUGCAUCCAUUGUGUAACAUAUAAGGGAAAAAUAAAUUCAGCCCUUUAGAUGCAAAUUCAAAAACUUACAUGUAGCCCUUUAAGAAGUAAAAUCAACACAUGACAAGAUUUCUAACAAGCAAAAACAUUAACUUUCAUUUUGUAUGUUUCUAAUGUGAAUUUUUCAAUAGUCACUUUAAGGCAGUGGUAGGAACCUUUUUCCUAUCAAGGGCCAUUUCAGUUUUUAUAACAUCCUUUGCAGCCCGGCUAAAUAGUUGAUUAAUAGCAGUCUGACCUCUUCAUGAGAGGCUUUAACUGCUGCUCUUUGGCAAGUCCUCUGAUGUCAGAUGGUAGUGAUUAUGCUACUCACGCUUAUACUUAGCCAGAACAAAUCCUCACCUUCAGAAGUGUCAUGUUUAGCUUUUCCUCCUCGGGUAGAUAAUCUCUACCCAGAAACGGAGUUGAUUUCUCUGCGUCAAAGGAAAAUAACGUCUUUUUAAAAUAAUUCUUACUGUGUGUUUCUUUGUAAACCUUGAUUUGACCUGUCAAAUUAAACAUUUCAAUUUGCAAA